GUUCAGGCAGAUGCUCCCACCAACAAAACACUGGCUGGGCUGGUGGUGCAGCUGCUGCAGUUCCAGGAAGAUGCCUUUGGAAAACAUGUCACCAAUCCUGCCUUCACAAAGCUUCCUGCAAAGUGCUUCAUGGAUUUCAAAGCUGGAGGUACAUUAUGUCACAUUCUUGGUGCUGCUUACAAAUAUAAGAAUGAACAGGGCUGGAGGAGGUUUGACCUGCAGAAUCCCUCGCGGAUGGAUCGGAACGUGGAGAUGUUCAUGACCAUUGAGAAAACACUAGUGCAGAACAACUGUCUGAGCAGACCAACCAUCUACCUCAUUCCUGACAUUGAGCUGAAGCUGGCAAACAAACUGAAGGACAUUGUCAAGCGGCACCAGGGAACAGUAACUGAAGAGAAAUCCAAGGCCACCCACCACGUUUAUCCCAGUCCUACCUCAAUGGAUGAUGAUGAAUGGUUGAGACCUGUGAUGAAAAAAGACAAGCAGGUGCUGGUACACUGGGGCUUCUUCCCAGACAGCUACGACACCUGGGUUCAUGCCAACGAAAUAGAUGCUGAGAUUGAGGACCCUCCAAUUCCUGAGAAGCCAUGGAAGGUCCAUGCCAAGUGGAUUUUGGACACAGACGUGUUCAACGAGUGGAUGAAUGAGGAGGAUUAUGAGGUGGAUGAGAACAGGAAAUCCGUGAGCUUCCGCCAGAGAAUCUCCAUGAAAAAUGAAGAGCCCGUGCGGAGUCCUGAGAGGAGGGACAGGAAAGCAGCUGCCAGCACAAGGAAGAGAAAACAUUCCCCUUCUCCACCCCCCACCCCUGUGGAGUCCAGGAAAAAGACAGGCAAGAAAGGGCAAGCAGCUCUGUAUGGGAAAAGGAGGGGGCAGAAAGAAGAGGAUGAACAGGAAGAUCUUACCAAGGACAUGGAGGAUCCCACACCAGUCCCCAACAUAGAAGAAGUGGUACUUCCCAAAAAUGUGAACCCCAAGAAGGACAGUGAGAACACGCCGGUGAAGGGAGGCACCGUGGCAGACCUGGAUGAACAGGACGAGGAGACAGUGGCCACUGGAGGAAAGGAAGAUGAAGAUCCCAACAAGGGUGACCAGAGUCGCUCCAUCGAUCCGGGGGAGGACAAUGUCACAGAGCAGACCAACCACAUCAUCAUCCCCAGCUAUGCAUCCUGGUUUGACUACAACUGCAUCCACGUGAUCGAACGUCGGGCGCUUCCCGAGUUCUUCAACGGGAAAAACAAGUCCAAGACUCCAGAGAUAUACCUGGCCUACAGGAACUUCAUGAUCGACACGUACCGGCUGAACCCUCAGGAGUACCUGACCAGCACGGCCUGCAGGAGGAACCUCACGGGGGACGUGUGUGCCGUCAUGAGGGUCCACGCUUUCCUGGAGCAGUGGGGCCUCAUUAACUACCAGGUGGACCCCGAGAGCCGCCCCAUGGCCAUGGGGCCGCCCCCCACCCCUCACUUCAACGUGCUGGCCGACACCCCCUCGGGGCUGAUGCCCCUGCACAUCCGCACCCCACAGGUUCCAGCUGCUCAGCAGAUGUUGAGUUUUCCAGAGAAGAACAAGGAGAAGCCAACUGACCUGCAGAACUUUGGCCUUCGCACAGACAUUUACUCAAAGAAGACUUUAGCCAAGAGUAAAGGUGCAAGUGCUGGGAGAGAAUGGACAGAGCAGGAGACACUGCUGCUCUUGGAAGAGUUUUCCCGGGUCAGAGAGGAGGUGCCUCUGGAGCUGGUGGAAGCUCAUGUGAAGAAGGUCCAGGAGGCAGCACGAGCCUCUGGGAAGGUGGAUCCAACCUACGGCCUGGAGAGCAGCUGCAUCGCCGGCACGGGCCCGGACGAGCCGGAGAAGAUGGAUGCAGCUGAAGAGGAAAAGAUGGAAACAGAGGCAGAGGGGCAGCAGGCUGAGAAGGUGGAAAACAAAGCAGAGGCUGAAACUGAGGAAGCAGAGAAAGUUCCAGAAGGAGAAAACGAGAGAAAUGCAGAAAAAGAGCCUGAGGGGGAAGUGGCUGCAGAGCCCAAGUCAGAGGAGAAGGAGGCAGAGGAGAACAAGGAGAACGUUGAUGGGAGCAAAGACAAAGAGAGCGAGGCCGGGAAGAGGAAAGUGGAGCACGAGAUCUCGGAAGGGAACGUCGCCACGGCUGCAGCUGCUGCCUUGGCCUCUGCUGCCACCAAAGCCAAGCACCUGGCGGCCGUGGAGGAGAGGAAGAUCAAGUCCCUGGUGGCCCUUUUGGUGGAAACCCAGAUGAAGAAGCUGGAGAUCAAACUGCGCCACUUUGAGGAGCUGGAGACCAUCAUGGACCGGGAGAAGGAGGCACUGGAGCAGCAGAGGCAGCAGCUGCUGACGGAGCGGCAGAACUUCCACAUGGAGCAGCUCAAGUACGCGGAGCUGAGGGCCCGGCAGCAGAUGGAGCAGCAGCACAGCCAGAACCCCCAGCAGCCCCACCAGCACCCCAGCGGGCCUGGCAUGAACCCCCUCGGGGCUGGGGCACACCCAGGGCUGCUGCCCCACCAGCAGCCCCCACCAUACCCCAUGAUGCACCACCAGAUGCCACCUCCUCACCCGCCCCAGCCAGGUCAGAUGCCAGGGCCAGGGUCGAUGCUCCCCGGGCAGCCCCUGCCAGGCCGGAUGAUGCCAAGUGUGUCAGCCAACCUCCACCCUGCCGGGGGGGCCCCCCCGCCCGGGAUGGCGCCCAUGGCCGGCAACCUCAUCGGACCUCGGGUGCCCCUGGCAGCUCCCAACGGCAUGUACCCCGCGGUGCCUCGCAGGGAGCGGGGCCCGCCCGCCUCCCCUCCCAGUCCAAGGCUUCCUCCCCCUCCAGGGUCUUUGGGUGAGCAUGGGAUUCCUGGGGCAGCCCUUAGUCCAGUUUAGAGUAACCUCAGGUUGUUUUUAGCGUGAUCAAUACCAGGGAUCCAGGGGGAGACUAUUUUUUACUGUCCUAGUGCUGAUCCUGCCGAGGACCUGGAUCCCAACACUGUUUUGUUUCUGUACAAAUAAUCCUUGUGCCGACUUUUUCACCUGAUCUCUGUAUAGGGCCCGUUUGAUUCCUGCAGCAGCCACCCAAUUUUGUGAAAUAAAAGCAAAAAAAAAGCGGUUUUUGUACAAA